AUGGCACUGCCAGCGAAUUACAAGCAAGUCGCGAUGGCUACCUCGAACAUCGUAGCCUCCAACCAACGCAUGAGAGCAUCUGGUGGAAGUUCGAGCAGUUCAACAAAUAGUAAAGAUUCACAGAGCCCAUUUGUACAAACCCCACAUAGUCAUCCAGGAUUCACGCCUCAGAAAGUUGGAAAGAACACUAAUGCUGAUUCUCGUAUGCCAAAACCACCCAAGCCACCAGAGAAACCUCUUAUGCCCUAUAUGAGAUACAGCAGAAAGGUAUGGGAUCAGGUUAAAGCUCAGAAUCCUGAGUUAAAGUUAUGGGAGAUUGGUAAGAUUAUUGGGCAAAUGUGGAGAGAUUUGCCAGAAGAGGAUAAGACAGAAUUUAUUGAGGAGUACGAAGCUGAGAAGGUGGAAUACGAAAAAAGUUUGAAAACUUACCACAACUCACCAGCAUAUCUAGCUUAUAUUGCAGCUAAAAAUCGUGGCAAGUCUGCAUUGUGUGCUGCACAACAAAAUAAUGAUGAUCGAGAGAGUCAUGAACGUUCAUCAGGCAGUAGCAAAAGUCAAGCGGCUCAAGAUAGAAGGAUUGAUAUUUUACCAGCUGAAGAUGAAGAUGAUCAAGACGAUGGAUAUUCAGUGAAACAUGUGGCAUAUUCGCGUUAUACAAGAAAUCAUCGACUCAUUAAUGAGAUUUUUAGUGACACAGUUGUCCCUGAUGUUCGCUCUGUAGUCACUACUCAAAGAAUGCAAGUUUUGCGUCGCCAAGUACAAUCCCUAACUAUGCAUCAGCAUUGCAAACCAGCGGUAGAUGAGGAAACUUUUAACAAAAUGGUAGAACGGCAGUAUGAUGUUCUAAGACGAGAAAGACUAAAAGGAACAGAAGAGAAUCGUUCGGAUGGACCAGCGUCUAGCGAAUCUACUCCAAAUUCCACUCCGACUCCAACUCCUGCAUCACUUAAUGAUGAGAGCCAACCUGAUGUCUCUGAUAAUGAUUCGCUCGAGAAGAAAUCUGGCAACGCCGAGAAACCCAAUAUUGAAAUGAAUAAGAAAAUGUCACCUCCAUAUACCGAUAAUAAGAUCGAACCACCAUCAGCAGUGCAAGCAAAUGCUAAUCAACAACACCCUACUAACUCUGGGAUGUAUUGCAAUAACAUAAUUAAUCCGAUCCAACAACAUCCGCAUCAGCAACAGACGCAAACCCCACCGAUGCAACAUCCGCCACCGCCACCGCCGCCUCAACACCAACCGAUACCUCCUCAACAGCAUCAACCUCCUCAGCAACAUCAACCUCUUCCACCAUUACAGCAGCAUCAACCACCCCCACAGCCACCUCAGCAGCAUCAGCCGCCACUACCCCAGCAGCAUCAAGUACUUCCACAACCGCCACCAUCACAGCCACCGCAAUCUCAACAACCGCAACAACAGCAGCAGCAGCAACCACCACAACCCCAACUGCAGCCGCAACAACCACCGCUACCGCCGGUGAUGCCGCCGCAACAACCGACUACAACAGCCGCAGCAGCGGCUGCAGUCGCGGCAGUAGUUGCGAGUGCAAAUGCAACUGCAAAUUCGGCUCCGCCAAACAUGCCACCGGUGUCCACGCCUACGGUGCCCAUUCAGCACAAUCCCCACCAGCAAGAGAUGUUGCCAAAUCAUUCGAUGCCACCACAUCAGAGUGCGCAAGGUACUCAGAGCACGCAAAUUUUGCCGCCGCAGGGACCACAUGCUCCACAAAUGAUGCCGCCUAAUCAGGCUUACGGUCAGCAGUAUCAGUCCGGGCCAGGCCCUCAACAACCGCAGAAUGUUCCAUUAGCUCCAAGACCGCCGCAUCCCACUUACAGCUAUUCUCAGCAACAACCGUAUCACCAACCUUAUCCGCAAUACACUCAUCCGUAUUAUCAUCAGCCGUAUUCGCAGUAUCCCCAUCCGAUAAGUCGGCCACAUGGUCAUGGUCCACAUAGUCCGCACAGUCCACAUUACCAUCCGCAGUCGCCUCAUACAGUCGCUCCUGAAAGUAAUAACGUUGGUGCCAACGUCGCAGGUGGCACAACGGCCGCCGUAGCUCCCGCACCUGGGCCAGAUACCAACAAUCCUCCGUAUUCUGCACCCACAGGACACUGCGAGAGCGAACGUACCGGUCCGCCGGAGAAUCAAGAGGGCCAGGUAGACGCUAAAUCGGGAUCUGUUUAA